CUGUCGCAACCCAAUGCUGCCUUCCCACAUAAAUGAGAUCUUUUCUGCCAGGCAACAUGGUUUUACCCUCACAUUCAAAAGCUCACAGUUCCUACAUAGCUACUGGCUCCUCUGUUUUGAGGCAGUUCCCUUCUUGGGGGUUUCCUUGAUAAACCUAUGGGCUUGGGUGCCCAUUGUCCCCCAUGCCACUGAGCUUGUUCUAGAGUUCGAGGACCAUCAAAGGGGCCUCCAAAGAUUCCUGUUGGGAUCUUUCCCCAUUAUCUUUUCAUCCUACCAGUCAGAGGGAGGGUCAUUAUUGGAGAUCUACUGUUUACUCACAUAUUGGAUGGAGGUGGUGCCCACCCUCUUGGCAGAGACAAAGAUUCCAGCCACUGAUGUCGCUGAUGCCAGCCUGAACAAGUGUUCCAGCAUCGAAAGGAAACGAGAUGUAGUGUUGCUGUUCGUGACCUCGUCCCACACACAGCCAUCUCUGUUUCACCUGCCUUACAUCCAGAAACCCUUUAUCCCUAAUGUGGAGCAGCUGAUCCUGGGGACCCCAUGCCAGAAUCACUGGGAGAUAGGCAAUGGCCAGAAUACGUUUCCUGUAGAGAAGCUCUGCCAUCUGCAGGAUCGCAAGGUGAACCUUCACAGAGCUGCCUGGGGCGAGUGUAUUGUUGCACCCAAGACUCUUAGCUUCCCUUACUGCCAGGGGACCUGCCUGGCCCUCAACAGUGAGCUCCGUCAUUCCAGCUUUGAGUGCUAUAAGAGGGGAGUACCUACCUGUCCCUGGCUCUUCCAGACCUGCCAUCCCACCAGGGUCAGACUCUUCUCCCUGAUGGUCCAGGAUGACGAACACAAGAUGAGUGUGCACUAUGUGAACACUUCCUUGGUGGAGAAGUGUGGCUGCUCUUGAGAUACCCCAAAGCCUUCUACUGGCCUUAGGGCCAUCUAAGUCUCAGGACUCGAGUAGGGGGUGGGAUUAGUUUUCGUAGCAACUAGAGCUCUUUGAAGGGAGGUGGGAUUUGGUUUGUUUCUCAAAGCACAGCAAGAAGGAUGGCAUUAUGGCAGUAACCCCUCUUAGAUGCUUCUC